CCUGUGUGAGUUCACUGAACAACAGCAACAGAGCUCUCUCUCAUUCUCAUUGUUAUGCACGCACACACAAAUACAUGAGCGGCAAAUAAAAAAGAACUAUUUUAUUUUCUUUUACAAUUGUGUUUGGUUUUGUUUUAGCAGUUAAAAAAAUAGAUAAACAAAUAGAUCAAUAAAAAACAUAAUUUAAAUAAAACAAAUCAACUAUUUACAAAAAAUAAAACCAUUUUGUGGAUUUCGAUUGUGUGCCAGCCAGCGAGUGGUGUAUUUCAAAAUAUUUUGCAAUAUUUUACAAAAAUGUUGAAGUAGACCGAUCGAAUCUUUUUUUUUGUGGCUAAACGAUCAGUUGAACAAAACUGCAGCAAAGUCGGACUUGUUCUUGCUGUUAAAUUAAAAAAGAAACACAUACCACACCCACUACUACCCAAGCGAAAAUCUACGUCAUUCUUACAACGAGAUUCAUUCGUAUUAAACUGUGAUAACCACCAUGCCUUGGAAACCUUCAACAGAUUUCGAAGAAGAAAUUGUCAACUUACAACCCGAUCAUGAUUUUAUAUUUGGUGCCCUGUCCGAGCCGGAACCGCAACCGUUUUAUCCUCGACCACAAUCACAUAUCGAAUAUGCGGCUACAAAAAAGAAACAAACACGCCAACAACAGCAGGAAUACGAAGAGACGGGAAGAAUUAAUAAUCGUUUGCAUGCCAUAGCACAAGUACAGCGUAUAGCUGGUACAAAACCGCUGGGCCAACAACCCACCUUGGAUGAUUGGAAUAAUAAUAAAAAUACUGAAAAAGAAAUUGUGGCUAUGAUGCGGCAUUUCGGUUUGGGUCCAAGUGUUGAGGAGCCGCUAAACGAAAAACUCACCAUAGCCACCUAUCCCAUUAGGAAUGGUGUGGAAAUUGUACAAAAUAGAUGUAAAAAGAUACCACUCCUCUUCGAUGAUAAUCUGUUUAAAUUGAAACCCAAAGAAUCGAGCUCAUCGAACUCUUCGAAUAGUUUCGAUAGUGCAUGUGGAAAUAGUAACCGCAAUAACAAUAACUCUACCUCAAGUAAUGGCGACUUAAAUAUAUCAUCGACAAGUAGCUGUGAUACGAAUUCAUAUUCCUUCCAUACACCAAGUCGAGAUGAUGAUUCCAUUGAUAUUGCAUUUGGAAAAUAUGAGAAGAAAAAAGAAAAUGUCAUGUUUGAUUAUCGCAAGUUACAUAACGAAGAAGAAGAUACAAGAAAACCUGAUCAACACAAUAUCAGUUCAUGUACUCAAAGCAGCAGUUGUUAUUCUCCAAACUAUUCCCCUUGUGAACAAAGUGAUGGCUAUGAAACGGCUACCUCAACUUGUAGUACCUCAAAAUUGAAUCCAAAUGCUUUCGAAUUUGUACCAUAUUCAAGAUAUAAUGGUAAUUCUAGCAGUAGUGGUAGCAGUAUCAACCACAGUGUGAAUAGGAAUUUAGACUACACAAGUAACAAGUCAUUGUACACUAAUGCCACUUCUGAGGAUGAUUCCCUGACAUCGCAAGCCCCCUCAUUUCUCCCACGUUUUCUUAAACUACCAGCAAAUGAUUCACCUAACAAAACAAAGAAGAAUUGUACAUUUGCUGAACCUCAACCAAAUCAAAUGCCUCCCACCUAUGCAAAUAUGGUCAGGAAACCAUUAGCCGCAGAAGAAGAAGCGAAUUGCAAAGCCAACAGAGUUUUAACACAACCAUGUAAUGCCAAUUUUCCACCUUUGUCACAGCAAGGGACUUCUGGCCGAAUUACCAAUAAUAAUUUACGUUUUUAUACGCCACGUCAAGUCUAUGAAAGAAGACGUGGAACUGCAUCUGCUCUGCACUAGUAUUACAAUGUUUCUUUUAGAUAACUUAAUUGUUUCUUUUUCAUAUUAUGAAAUAUUGUUUACUUAUAAUAAUUUUUUAAUUUAAUGCCAUGGUAUGCGAACAAAAGGUAACAUCCAUGGUACAAUAAGAGUUUGAACGGCUUGAUAAACCUACUGAAAUAUUGCCCUGAUACUAUGUCUACUUUCGGCCAGAAUUAUUUAGAAUAAGAUGCAACAGCAGUCUAUUCUCAUUUCUUUGAUAUUUUUGCUCAUUUUUAAAAUAUUUCGAAAAUGAAUGGAAAUUCUGCAUUUUCUUGCAAAAACAUGAUUCAAACUGUUGAAUAUUUCAAUUCCAAGGUAUAAGUGGUUAAUAUAUCUAGUGCGCCCGGCCCGCCAUGUAUUUUCCUUUUAGUCAUUGAUUUUAUUUAUUUUUUCAAAACGUACAGAAACAAAACAAGCAUACACUCAACAAAAAAGGAUUUUUAUUGCACCAAUGUAACAUCAAGUAACCCAACAUACCAUUAUGGCUUCAGAAUAAUAUUACAAUAAUAAAAGCCUUAAGCUUUUUAAAAUCUUUAGAAAACAUUGAACAUAUUUUGUGUAACAAUAAUAAGGAUAAUCGAGAUUGAACCCUUAUUUUUAACUUAUACUUGUAAUUGUAGAACAAGCUUUCGAAAGUAGUAUUAAAUUAUUCCCUCAACCAUAUGGCUACAGAGGGUAUAUAUCAUUUGAUACGGUCAAAACGUGCCUAAUCGAAAUAACGGCCGUCCGUCCGUCUGUCUGGCUGGUGCGCACGAUAACUCUCGAAGGGAGUAUCUGAUUUGGUCCAAACUUGGUACAUCGUAAUAUUUUUGUCAAACAUAGAUCGAGUUCGGAGAUGGGCAAUAUCGGUCCACUCCCUCUGGUACCUCCCCCACAAAAGGUCGAAAAUUUGCAAAAAAAAAUAUAUUUUCUGCCGGAAAGAGAAACGAUAAUCCGAUUUUGCUCUAACUUUUCAAUCAUAAUAUUUGCGUUAGUUCUAGGUCAGGUUCAAAAAUUGACAUUAUCGGUCCACUCUAUCAACUACCUUUCCCCCAAAGGGUAAAAAUUGUGAAUAAUUACAACUCCUGUAGAAUGUGAUGUAAGAGUCCGAUUAUCUUCAAAUUUCACACAUCCCAAUAUUUUUAUCAAUCCAAUCCAAGAUGGAAUACAUCGGUCUAUUCUUUCUGGUACCUCCCCAGCAAAAGUUCGAAAUUUUCAAAAAAAAAAAACUAUAAACCGAUUUUGCUCCAACUUUGCAAAUCCUAAUAUUUGCGUCAGUUCUAGACCACAGGUUCUAAAAUGGAUAAUAUCGGUCCACUCCUUCUUGUACCUCCCCCCACAAAAGGACAAAAUUUUGAAUAAUUAUAACUCUUAUAAAAUGCGAUGUAAGUGUCCGAUUGUCUUCAAAUUAAACACAUCGCAAUACUUUUAUCAACCCGAGGUCUGGUGUGAAGAUGACAUAAAUCGCUUCACUCCUUCUGGUACCUCCCCCACAAAUGGAAAACAAUUUGAAUAUACAUGAAGCUUAUAAAACAAGAAAUUAACAUCCGAUUCCACUCAGACUUGGUACAUCUCAUGAAGCUUAUAAAACAAGAAAUUAACAUCCGAUUCCACUCAGACUUGGUACAUCUGUCAUUAAGGUGGUACUAUUUCUUCGGUUACCUCCCCCACAAAGGUUGAAAGUUUAGAAUAACCAAACGAUCAUAAAAUCCGAAAUAAGCAUUCGGUUCUCUUCAAAUUACACAUAUCAUAAUAUUUUUUAUUAACCCAAGGUCUGGUGUGAAAAUAGGAUAUAUCAGUCCACCCCUUCUGGUACCUCCCCCACAAUCGUCAAUAUUUUGAGUAUCCAUGAAGCUCAUAAAACGCGAAAUUAACAUCCGAUUUCAUUCAGACGGUAUAUUAUAUUUCAAUCAAAAUAUUUCAAUCAAAACAAGAUCUGUUAUUUAGAUGGUACAGAUCGGAUAAUUUCUUCGCGUAUCUCUCUCACCAAGGGUUCACGAUUUUUAAAAAACAAAAGGCUCAAAAAAGAGAAAUAAGAAUCCAACUCUCACAGAUUUCCCACACAUCCAAAUAUUUUUGCUUACAUAAAUCUGUUGUAAAGAUGAUAUAUAUCUGCCAAGCCCUUUUGGUACUUUACCCACAAAUGGUCACAAUUUCCAAUACUUACAUUUGUCAUAACUUGUGAAAGAAGUCAGCGAUUCUUUACAACUUGGUAUAUCUGAAUAUUUUUCUCAACCAGAAGCCUGAGUUGAAGAUGGAAUUUAUGAUUUCGCAUAAAAUUGAAUAUAAAUGUUUGAUUUUCUUGUAAUUUUCUCAUACCAAAAUUUUUUUUCUGUAUUAGAUGAGGUAUUAGAAUGGAAUACUUCUCUCCGUUAUAUCUGUUAACGUUUUCCAUAAAUUUGCACAUAUCUCAUAUAAAGUAUAGGAAGUAGUUAAUAUAGUCCAAACCUGGCACGUUGUAAUAUUUAUAUCAUAUUUAUUUAGGUCCGAUACGAAAUAGACAAUAUUGGCCCAUUCCUUCGGAACCUACUCCAUAGAGGGUCAAUAAUUUAAACAAUCAUAACAGAAGACUAAAUAUAUUCAAUAAUCGAAAAUUUGGCUGAGGGUAUACAUCUGUUGGCAAAAAUCGACUGGUAAUUUUUAAGUUGUUAUAAUAUUAUCCUCAAGCUGUGUUGUCCUCGAAUAUAUUUUUGGUAUGGUGGGUACUUCUUUCAUGUGGCAAUAAUCCAAGUCCAAUGAAAACUAAAACAGGAAAAUUCAUAGCGACUACAAUCUGUGCAAUACCGAAUACAAGGAGUGCAGUGCCUAUGCGGAUUAUAGAAAAUGGUGGAGCGAAUUGAAAUUUAGUAGGACAAUGAUUUAUAUUAUCCAAAUAUUUUUUCAAAACCUUCAAUAUACUUAAAUCACAGGUACCGUUUUGCGGUGGACUAUA